UUAUCUGGCCACGGCUAUAAGCCGUCGUACACGACUUCGUGCGCUCGUCUAGCGAGCGAUUAAUACAGCGAUUUGGAAAUCCAGCUCUGUCGCUUCGGUCGCUUUACAAUCUAAAGCAUGCUUCAGAUUCAACCCUUCUUCAACAUGUCAAAACACCGGUAGAAGACGCGGGUUUUCUUGUUGUUCUGGACGGACAGAUUGCGGAUUACUGCGAGAUAAAAUUAUAAAGCGGCAAAAUGGAUGUUGAACGGUUCGAACCUCGUACAAUCGUAAAUGGAGCACUGCUGAAGAAGCACAUCGACGAGCAAAUAAGUAUUCAUCUUAAGGUUGAUCGAUGUGACGAUGGAAGCAGAUCGUUUACUGGGAAAUCUACCGAUGGUCUUACCGUUCAGGUGUUUUUUCCUGAUCCUUUGAUGGGUCUUACAGCAGGGUGGAUGGAAGUGAUCGGCGUGGUCGCCCCGAAUAAUAUCGUUCGAGGAAAAGAGCUCGUCACGUAUUUCGAUAGCCUGGAAAAGGUUGAGGAUUUUGAUGUAGGCGGUUAUAAUAUGCUAUGCACAUUGCUAUCCGUCUGUAAAGACCCAUUUACAACUGGAUCAUUAAUGUAAUAUGUAAUAUAUAAUGGCUUAUCUUCCAAAGCGAAUACAAAUAAACUGAAAAAAAAUCUUCGUAAUAAUGCUUUCGCUUAUCGUU